ACGUUCUCUCGCUAAUUCUUAAGUAAUUAAAGGAUUGUGUGUUCAAACUCUUUGUGUCUCACUCGCAUAUUUAUAAUACAACUUUCAAUUAUUUCACUACAAGAAAUAUAUAGAUAAACAUUCUCUUUUGUCAGCACAACAUAGGUAAUAUAGAAACUGCGAUAGUCAUUCUUGAAUCACUAUGUAGUGAAUAUUACAAACAGUGGAGAAAUCGAUCAACUGAAGUCAGAUAUUUUUCUACCAUCGCAUCGUGACAAGAAUGAUACACCUAGAAAAUGCAUAAUAAAUUAUGCAAUUGGUUGACGUACAACUGAAAAUUCAAAGGAACCAAAUUUUCCGGAAAUAAAUUUUCCAAGUUUUGUGAAAGGGCGAAGAAAUAAAGGCGGGGAAGGGAAAGAGCUGAUGGAAAGAGCAACCGAACAAAUACCGAGGUUGACUUCGACUAACUGAAAAGUUUGAUGCAUUGUCGUGGAAUAAACGGAAAGGAUUGUUGCACGACGUUCGUUUCAUGCGGAAAACUUUAAAAUGUUCAUUCUACAAGAGAAUUCAACUCAGAAUACAAAAGUGAAAUGACGAAUAACACACUUGUCCCCAACGAAAGGAAAUAUGGUGCUGCUCAGCAGAUCAAUUCUGCUGGUUAUACUCACAAUCUUUCUAAUAACUUGUCUACCGAUAUUGAGAAUGCAAUUGGCACACAUUCACGUGUCAGGUCACCAACAUCGAGAAGAGGAAGCAUCUCCCUAAGUGCAGUAGUUCAUCACCGAAGGGCUCUCUUUGGAGCACUCAUCUCAAGGAUAGGAAGCAACAUUUCUCUACCAUCAACUUUAAACCAGGAUCAGGAUUUAACUUUAAAUAAUCCAUCAGUAUAUAAUCAAAUAGCACAAAUUGCUCCUUUAAAUUUAACUGAGUCAAAAGAAAAUUUAGACUCUGGAAAUAAUAAUUUAGAAAAGUUAUUGAAAUUAACCCCUGUAAAUGCUGAAAACAUUAUUCCACUUUCAAAUUUGAAUGUUAAUGGAAGAAUUUCAGUAAAAACAGUACAAAAUCGGUCAUGUCCUAAAAGAAAUAGCCAUGCUCCUCAUGCAGAAUUUAUAUCUUCCAUAAGUAUACUUUACGCUAAGUUAUUAAUAGUUGUUGGGGUUGCUAUUCCAGUAACGGCAAGUGUAAGUCAACAAGUUCCUCCUGCUUUGGAUCAGGGAUUUUAUCUUUACCUUUAUAUAGUUAGCGUUGUAUUCCUCAUUACUUUAUAUUCAACAUUACUCAGGGACAAAGCUGUCAAAAAUUUAUUAGUGAAACAUGCCAAACGAGAAGAAAGAUGUAACUUCAAUGAUGAUUCAAAUAUGGAAAUUAGUUUGGGGGAUGAUUACAAACAAACUGUCAAAAACCAUUUUCAUCGUCGGCAAGUUCAGCAGUACGGGAGCUUUUGUUUACGACUGGGGACUGUUGGUUUUGGAGCAGGGUCGUUGGUAUUUACCGGAUUACAAAUUGGUGCGGAAAUAGUAUCCGGACCAUUCAGAGCUAUUACCCCAACAGCGAGACUCCUCUUGGUGAUGGCUCAGAUGCAUUUUAUAUUUUUAAAUAGUAAAUGUUUAGAGCUCACAAAACAUGGAGCUUUUGCAAAAUUGGGUUUAAUGCACAUGAUUGCCACAAAUCUUUGCGAAUGGUUACAGGCUCUGGUGGAGGAAACACAGCAUGAGAUCGUCCAAUUGGAACACGCGCACGAGGGUGACGACGGCAUCCUAAAAACCCUUCUCAGAGAUGCAAGUCCUUUCCUAUUUCCAUGCACGAUCGAAUUCAGUUUAAUCUGCGCAGUCAUCCUAUUUGAAAUGUGGAAAUGCGUUGACAAAAGAGUCACUAACUCGACGAAAUAUGAAUCAUCAGCUAGAUCCCUUCAUCAUCUUAGUAUCGAUUGCGGCAGUGCUCACAGCAGCAGCAGCAUCAGCAGUAUCAGCAACAUAAGCAGUACUAGCAGUUUUAACAACUACAGCAUCAUCUACUCAUUUGAUAUUAAAACAAUGGACUUCCAAAAAGUCAAUGCCACUGGCUGCAUGGAGAGAUUUCUGCCAACGAAGCCGCUUUCUGAGUUGACUGUGAAUGAGUUAUACAACGUAACUAAAAUAAACAAGGUGCAGACCAAAUAUGGUUCUAGGAUUGUAGUAGACUUGGAUGCUACAUUUACCACUUUUCUGCCGGCAAGGUUCGCAAAACUAUUUGACGCUGACCCUACCUCAUUCACAAUGAUGGAAGAAGCCGUACAGUUGGAGAAGUUGCGAUUAAAAUAUAUUGGUGGCAAAUUUAAUGUUAUUGAAUUUGAAUAA